AAACUAUUUAAAGAAAUUAUGGAGAAAAAUAAUGUUGGGGUUUCUAACGAAGCCCUUGUCUACCCAACUGGUCAAACGCUCAAAGCGAAAAAACUUCCCCAAUUUAUAGCAAGUUUUGCAGUAUCGGUAGGAGCAAUAGCAGCAGGUUUAAUGAUAUCAUGGACAUCACAGACUGGUGAAGAUGGUAUCAAAUUAUCCGAAACAUACAAGUUUCCUAUUACACCAGAAGAAUUUUCAUGGGUCGGAUCGUUGGCACCUCUUGGUGCUGCAGUUUCGUGCGUACCAAUUGGUACACUUUCAGAUAUGAUAGGCAGAAAGAAUGCUAUGUUAUUACUUGUAAUACCAUUUACGAUUGGCUGGUUGUUUAUUAUCUUUGCUAACUCUGUCAUUUAUUUUUAUAUCGGAAGAUUUCUGACAGGUUUUAGCGGUGGGGCUUUUUGCGUAACGGGUCCAAUGUAUACCUCGGAAAUAAGUGAGAGUAAAAUACGUGGAAGUUUAGGUACAUUUUAUCAGUUAUUCUUAUGUAUAGGUAUGCUAAUACUAUAUACUUCAAGUAGAGCUUUAAAUAUAUAUGAAAUAUCCAUUUUGAGUUGUGUCGCACCGUUACUCUUUGGCAUAAUAUUCUUCUUCAUGCCUGAAACUCCGACGUAUUAUUUAAUGAAAGAAAACGAAACAGCUGCCAGAGAAAGUUUUAAGAAGUUACGGGGUUCUCAAUAUAAUAUUGAACCGGAAUUAUGUUUAUUGAAAGAAACGAUUGAAGAGAUUAAAAGAAACAAUGUAUCUUUUCGAACAGCUAUACAAACUAAAGCUUGUAAAAAAGCUAUCGUUAUAUCUUAUGGUUUAAUGAUGAUUCAACAAUUGAGCGGAGUUAAUGCUAUAGCAAUUUACAUCAGUUCUAUAUUUGAAAAAGCUGGUGGUUCGUUUACUGGUAACGAGGCUAGUAUUAUAAUUGGUGCACUUGGAUUAAUUAUGGUAGUUAGUAGUUCGCUAAUAGUUGACCGUCUUGGUAGAAAAAUAUUGCUUAUAAUAUCUAUUGCUGGUACGUCUUUUUCUAAUUUUUUAUUUGGCCUUCAUUUCUAUUUUAUAGAAGAACUAGAUGUAAAUAAUAUAGGCUGGUUACCUUUACUAUCAAUUAUCCUUUUUAUCGUUUCAUUUGGAGUCGCACUUGGUCCACUUCCAUGGAUGAUGAUCAGUGAAUUUUUUGCACCAGAAAUUAAAGGUAUCGCUGGUAGUAGUGCAUGUUUGUUAAAUUGGAUAUUGGCAUUUAUUGUAACUAAAACUUUUGUAAAUUUGAACAAUGUUAUACAUACCUAUGGUACCUUCUGGUUAUAUGCAAUCAUUUGUGCUGUAGGUAUCCCUUUUGUUAUAUUUUUGGUUCCUGAAACAAAAGGAAAAUCGUUAGAACAAAUUCAACGUGAAUUAAACGCAUAA